AAUGUUUGUUUUUACAGACGCUUGCAGUUUUUUAAUUGCACUGUAGAAGAGAGGCCACUCAUCUGUGAUUGUUUGUUUUUGUGAGCUGGAGAGCAGAAUAUGUAGCCAUAAGUAGAAUUGGGACUGAAACUCGUAGAAUUCAUAUGCUAAUCUCUCACCCUGUGGCUGCCUCCUCUUGGCUGUCAACCAGAAUGAAAAUAAGAAGUAGGUUUGUCACUACAGAGGAAAAUAUGAGCUUCCAAACAGAGGGGAAGAAAUAUACUUAGGCAAAGAUAAGAUUCUUUCUGGAUCAGUGUUUUUAAAAUGCAAGACACCAUGUAAAUUUAGAAGGGGCAGCCAUGUGGAAGACUACAUAGGAUUUAAAAGGAACAUUUUCACACAGUUAAUUUCUACAAUUUAAGGUGUUUUUCAAAACCAAAAAGCCACACCAUACUUUUUGCAUGGAUUUAUUCUAUCCAUGGGCUAUUUACCACCUGCUUAAUGCAACAGUGAGGCCUUGUCUAUGCUACAGGGGAAAUUUGAUCUAAGCUACGCAAUUUGAGUUACGUGAAUAGUGUAAUUCAAAUCAACGUAGCUUAGAUCUACUUACCACAGGGUCCUCACUAUGCGAUGUCGACAGGAGAUGCUCUCCCGUCGACUCCCCCACAGUUCUCGAUCCAGUGGAGUACAGGAGUUGACAGGAAAGUGAUCUGUGGUUAAUUUAGUGGGUCUAGAUCGACCGCAGAUGCAUCAAUUGCUGCUCAGGGAUCCUGGGUAAGUGUAGACAAGCUCUGAGUUACCGCAUAAAAACUGAAAUUAAAGUGGAAGUGAUUGAUCUCUAAUUGUACAAGGUGAAUGUAAAGCAAACAAGAAAACCAAGAGCAUAAAUGGUGAAAAGGUUUAGCAUUUUUCCAGUGUUAAUAACCAGCUACUUGUCCUUGCCCCCCUUUACACAUCUCUUUUUCUUAAUCGUUUUUAAACCUGUAAUUGGCACUGCACGAGAGCGCCCCUUCCUCAUUUAUGUAACUGUGUAUUAUGCAUCUGAGGCCCAAACCCACACAAGUAACCACCUCCUUUCUCCCCUCCUGUCUGCCAUGCAGUCAGUGAUCCCUGGCAUCUGUUUGUAGUCCUGGUCUGCCCUAUCACUACCUUCAAAGUUGCUUCUUCUGAAAGGCCUUUCAUCUUUGUCCUCUUCUAGUGGUGUAGUGAAGAUGAGUGAAAAUCCUAUUCUUUCUGCUGCUGCCCUGUGCUCCCUCCCCGCAACAUGGGUGCUAAAACAACUUACACUGCUUGUCAGGAAGAGAAGCUAGCAUUCUUUCCUGCCUAAAACACCUAGCAUGCUGUUGACACUAUGCAAAUAUGCACUAUAUGCUGCUGGCAGAAGUGGCAAUUCCAUUGACUUCAUAGACUUACGCCAGCUAUGAAUAUGGUUCCCAGCAUCCUUUACUCUUUACACAAGGGUAGAACUUUUAAAUUCCAUAGUGUCCCCGUCUGCCCUAACAACUCGGUGGUGGUGGUGGAAGAUUAUCAUGCUUGAUCAGAAAUCACAUUUUUAAAAAAGGCUGCUGUGCUUUGUGUUUUUAUAAACUUGUUACGCCGUUCACCCAAAACACUGGUGGGUACAAUCCAGCUGAAGAUUUACACAACCACCUUAAGCUUUCCAAGACUGUAUUAAUACCAUUCACCAAAGCAUCACAGGCUCCAGCUGAACUAAACUUUUGCCCAAUCCUACUGGUAUUUAGGGAGUGAUAGAUAGCUCCAGCCUGUGCUGUUCUUCUGUGUUUAUACUUCAGACUGUAAACAAAUGCUUCCUUUAGAAAGCUUUUAAAAGGUGUUUUGCCACCUGUGCUUGUUUUUGCAAUAAUAUGUUUUAGAAAUAAUAGUCAGCAGAGCGCUCUGAGAAUGCAGAAAAAGCAGUGUGUGACUAACCCAAGAGCUAGGGUUUAUCCUUUAGUAUUUCUGGUGUCCCUGUUUGCCUUGCUCAUGGGCCUACUGUAGUGAGCUUUUAAAUAAAUUGAGGCAUUUUCACUAAAUUGUUAUAACCUGCAGAUUAAGCUUCCUAGGCUGAUAUGUAGAUAGGGAUAAUAAUGCACUUCUCUCCUUUAAAAAAAGAACUAGCAUCCAUGGAGAGACAGUGGCUCCUGGCCACCUCUACCAGGAAUCCCUCCACUUACACUGAAAUCUCAUGAUUAUAUAGUUCUUCCUUCUCAUUUCAUUCACCUAAUAGAAGUUGAAACCAUCAUAGCUGUUUUGCCAUGUGGAUGGUGGUUUAAGAGCAGUAGCCAGUCAGAGGGCAGGGAUUUGUAGUAGAACUGCUGUAACCACUCUAACUUUGAUUUUCACUAACUGUACAACAUGCAACUCCUUAUUUGUUAGAUACUAAUCACAGACAGGCUUCAGUGUAACAGGCUUUGUCUAUUAUACUUGCAAAAAUCAGCCUAUAAUUCCGCACAAGCAGAGAUUACUAUGUAGACAGGAUGUAGAUGUUUUUCUACCUUGUCUUCUAACCCUCCUGAAGUACCUGAGCCCUGUGUACACUCAGGCCCUCAUAGUCAUGUGUUAUGGAUGUGAUAUAUGCCUGUGUAAACAUAGCCACAGAAUAAGAAAAUGCCUCCUUGCUGUAGUGAGUCAGUUACUGCACCCCAGCCUGAUGCUUUACUUGUAAAGGAGCAUUGCAGAAUAACCUGCAUCACACCCACAAGGAAAUUAAAAUGAGUGCUGUUUUCAGAAACAGACUUCUCAUUUCUACUCUUGUGGGGCCUACUGCAUCACAGCCCCUUACAUUAGCCUGAAGGAGUGUAUUUUCUUCUUCAUAUGUUCCCACCUCUCUCCUUAGGGACCAAAGCAGGAGGUUGACUGUUCAGUUAGCAAAAGGUAUGCUUUUGUUCAGCUGUUAGCCUCUGAUCAGUUUAACUGCUGGAGCAUUUUCUCUUUUCAGUCGGGCUCGGUAUACCCUAGCCAUGAUUCUGACUAAAGUGAGUGUAGUAACUUGGAGGUUUGACAUGGGUAAGACCUACUGCAGAUUAAAUGACUAUUUAAAGAGAUCUUAUACUUGGAGUCAUCCAGGGAGUGGUGGCAGAGAACAAAGAUACUGUUCAAGCUCACACCUGCUAAAGAACUCCAUGGUCAUGAAUAAACUACCGUAUAAUGCAUUAUCCCUAAAGCCAUCCACAAGCAAGAAUCAGUGCUUCUCUGUGGAACCUCCACCCUUUCCUCAUACCUCUUCAUCUGUCAAGGCCCAAAUAUAGGAUGCAGAGAAUGCUGAAUUCAUCCAUAAUAAGAGACACCAAAAUUAUUCUUGCACAAAACUUAAAAUGCUGUAGGUUUCCCUCUGUCAAUGUAAGUGACUAUUUGUACUCUGUUUCUUGUGUCUGUCAGUUGAUGAAAAUUAUUUACAAUGAAAAUGAGAGGAUACUAGACCGGUAUGGAAUGAAGGGAACUUUAGAAGUAAGAUGAGAGGUGCCCCUGAAAACAAAGAUCACGUGAGAAGUUCCUAAGAAACCCACUUCCUUCCACAAGGGCCAUAUGAAGUGAUUACAGAAAUAAUACACCAAGCUACGUCAACUCUGUAUGCCCCAGCACCUUCCUAUAUUGCAAAAUCCUACUUCACAAGAGAAGGUGACUAAAAACUGCCCUAAGGUUAAUCUUACGUGAGAAAAGGCUUCAGCUGCUUUAUAAACACUUAGAAGAUGCUCUGACUUCUAAGCCAGGGGUUCUUAAACUUCAUUGCACCGUGACCCCAGGAGCGGGGACCGAAGCCUGAGCCCCGCCACCCCGUAUGGGGCAGCCAAAGCCCAAGCUCUACCACCCUGGAUGGAGGGGAGCAAAGCUGAAGCUUAAAGACUUCAGUUGCAGGCAGGGGCCCUGUAGCCUGAGCCCUUCAGCCCUAGGGCUCCAUUAAAAUAGGGUCAUGACCCAUAGUUUGAGCUGAGAACCACUGUUAUAAGUAUUAAAGGACAGGACUCUGAGUCAUGGGAUCCAAGAUCUAUUCCUGGCUGUGUAAGUUAGGGAAACUUAAGAGAAGUGACUUGCCCAAUCUGUAAAACAGAGAUUUUAAGAGGGACCUGAAACCUUUUCUGGGGGUUGCAUGCCCUUGAGCUAGUCACUUCCCCAUCUGUAAAAUGGGGAUAAUGAUAUUCCACUUCUCCAACCUGGCUUCUUUAUGUAGAUUGUAAAUUCUUCAGGGACUAUCUGUGUUAUUACAUAGAAUUGCCAGGAUUCCACAGCUACCCUUAGCAGCCUAGUCCAGCGCUUAACUUCCCUUACAGCAAGACCUCUUUCCCCAAUAGCUAACCCAUGUCCCGUGCUGCACAUUAAUCCUGUUACUUCUCGUCUUAUCUUCAACGGGCGUGUGGGUUGCCCGUCGCAGUGGGGCCCCUCGCCAAUACUGUGAUUUGCAACAAGGGAAACAAGCCGUCGUCAACGCAGCCUCCUUCAAAGAGCAGAGCUGCUCUUUUGUCCUUGCCAGGCUCCCAUAGAGCUCAGACUGUUUUUCUUCCUGCCUGAAGAGGGAUCCGCAGCGGCCCGCCCCGCAGCCGGGCUGAUUCUCCUUGCCCACGUGUAGGCAUUUGCGGGUGGGGGGCGCCUUCUAAGCCGCCUCUGGGCCCUGGCCCGUUUUCUCGGGAUGCCCUGUCCAUCCCGUCUCCUGGCCGGGCUUUGCUCUGGGCGGAGAUAACGCAGGCACCUGGGCUCGCAGCACUUCAGCCUGCAGGAUGCUGAACAGGUCAUGGCUGCUCUCCUGCGGCGCUCCGCCACUCACACUUUCCCAGGGACACUGCUGAGCUGUCUUCAGUGUGAUGUAGCGGCUUGGAAACAAAGAGGAGGAGGCAGCAGCAUAUGACCCGCCAGCUCUCCAAAGGUCACCAGAAAGUGGUCCAUGGACAAGAGUUUGGGAGCUGCUGCAAUUACAUCAGUGAUGAAUGUGAAUCCUCUCCUCAAUUAUUUUAUCCUGGGUACCCAUUAAACAAACCAGUGUCCUGCAUACCUGAGCACUCAAGUGAGGAGCAAGAUGAGCUGCAUUACCAGGACACAGACUCGGACGUGCCAGAGCAGCGGGAGAACAGGUGCAAGGUCAAGUGGACUCAUGAAGAGGAUGAAUGGCUGAAGACGCUAGUGAAGCAGUUUGGACAGAGCGACUGGAAGUUCCUGGCAAGUCACUUUCCCAACCGCACCGAUCAGCAAUGCCAGUACCGGUGGCUGAGGGUGUUGAAUCCAGACUUGGUUAAAGGGCCUUGGACCAAGGAAGAGGAUCAGAAGGUAAUUGAAUUGGUUAAAAAAUUUGGCACAAAGCAAUGGACACUGAUAGCAAAAUACCUGAAAGGCAGGCUGGGGAAGCAGUGCCGGGAACGCUGGCACAACCACCUGAACCCCGAGGUGAAGAAGUCCUCGUGGACGGAGGAGGAGGACCGAAUCAUUUUUGAGGCUCACAAAGUUCUGGGGAACCGCUGGGCUGAGAUUGCCAAGCUGCUGCCUGGGAGGACUGACAAUGCUGUGAAGAACCACUGGAACUCCACCAUCAAACGGAAAGUGGACACAGGAGGUUUCCUCAGUGAAACAAAAGACUCUGAGUCCCUGUACUUGUUGGUGGAGGUGGAGGGCGAAGAAAGCCAAAGUGUCCAGAGUGCCGGGAACCAGAAAAACCUACACGCUAGCUGGCCUGCUGAUACCUUGGAAAUAAAGGAGGAAGAAGCCAGUGAGGAGGAAGCAACUGGUUUCCAGGAGCUGCCCUCUGAGCAAGCAGCUGCAGCACUGGCAGAGGACAAUGCCGAGGGGGCCCCAAAGGACGUGGCGCCUGAAGACGCAUCACCGGACGGCACCUUUCCAUACAAAUGGGCAGCUGACACUGCCAACUACUUGAGCCUGACGUCGGGACCAGCCUUUACGGAAGCUCUGGAUAUGAUGGAAUCGGACCCAGACGGGUGGUGUGACCUGAGUCACUUCGACUUGCCUGAGGAUCCAGCCGCUGGCGACAGCAGCAGCAACAGCCCGGUCAGGCAAGCCCCCAGGAAGCCCCCAGCUCCUGUACCCCACGUGACAGAGUAUCGCCUGGAUGGCCACACCAUUUCAGACCUGAGCAAAAGCAGCAAGGGCGAGCUGAUCCCCAUCUCCCCCCGCUCAGAGGUGAGCUCUGGCACGCCGCCCUCGGUGCUCAAGAGGCAGAAGAAGAGGAAGAUCUCCCUCUCGCCCGUCACGGAGAACACCAGCUACUCCUUCAUAGACUCCUGUAACAGCAUGACGCCCAAGAGCACCCCGGUCAAGACGCUGCCCUUCUCCCCCUCCCAGUUCUUAAACUUCUGGACCAAACAGGAUACACUGGAGUUGGAGAACCCGUCCCUGACCUCCACUCCUGUGUGCAGUCAGAAGGUGAUAGUGACCACCCCGCUGCACAGGGACAAGACUCCGCUGCACCAGAAAAACUCAGCAUUUGUCACCCCAGAUCAGAAAUACGUAGCAGACAACACGCCCCACACGCCCACGCCUUUUAAGAACGCCCUGGAAAAGUAUGGCGCGAUACGGCCACUGCCGCAGACCCCUCACCUGGAAGAAGACUUGAAGGAAGUGCUCCGGAGCGAAGCUGGCAUCGAGUUGAUCAUAGAGGAUGACGUGAAGCCUGACAAACAGAAAAGGAAACAAGGACUGCACAGGAGUCCCAUCAAGAAGGUCCGGAAGUCUCUCGCCUUGGACAUUGUGGAUGAGGAUGUGAAGCUGACUGUGUCCACCAUGCCUAGGUCCAUCUGCUUCAAAAGAGCACAGCCCGUGAGUUUCCUCUCGAGGUCUCUAAACCUUUCCUCCUCAAGCAGCAAGGACGACAGCGGUUUGCUCAAUAGGGGAUUCGUGCAGGUGCAGGUGAAGACCGAGAAGACUUCAUCCUCCAGGAAGAUCCCAAGCCAAUUCAGACCACCCGCUCCGAUGUCCAGUGCAUGGAAAGUAGUGGCUUGCGGUGGAACCCGAGACCAGCUCAUCAUGCAAGAGAAAGCUCGGCAGAUCUUAGGUGCAUUAAAACAGAGCCACACGUCAAGGACAUUGAUCUUAUCAUGAAGGAUUGUUGGUUUUUCUCUGCUUUACGUUUUUUUUUUAAGUAGAGGAGGGGGAAAAAGAACACAAAGAAGAAUUCUCUUUGGCAAAGACACUGUUUAUUUUUCCUUUUCUGAAUUCCAUGUUCCCUGCUAGAUCCAUAUUUUAAUAAAUUGUGCUAAAUACUGGA